UGGAACCACCGUCGUCAGACUCUCCUGAGGUGAUCUACGACGACGUCCCCUGCGAGGACCCCCUCUCCCCUGUCGAAGAUAUAAUUUAUGAAGACGUUCAGAGAGACACGGGUCCUUUGAACACGGGCAACGGCUGGAGCUCCAGCGAGUUUGAGAGCUAUGACGAGCAGUCGGAUAAUGAGGCCAAACUACCUGCAAGGAGCAAGGUUCAGCAGCUCAUGAAGGCGGCGAAAAGUGGGACAAAGGAUGGGCUUGAAAAGACCAAAUUAGCCGUCAUGCGAAAAGUGUCCCUCCUGCAGAGAAAAGAUCAAUCGGAGGAGGAGGAUGAUGCAGGAUACCUGGAUGUGGCUGUGUCGGAAAUGAAGCACCCUCCCCCACAACUGAGUCCCAUGCCGGAGGGGCUGACCAGCCACCAGGUUGUCAGACGCCAUAUCCUCAGCUCCAUCAUUCAGAGCGAGCGCAGCUACCUGGAAUCUCUCAGGAGAAUCCUGCAGGAAUACCACAGACCGUUGAUGGAAGCAGAUCCACGCAUCCUGAGUCCGAGGAAGAUCCGCCCCAUAUUUUACCGAAUCAGGGAGAUCACGCAGUGCCACUCCAUGUUCCAGAUUGCACUGGCGUCUCGAGUGGCUGAGUGGGACAGCAGCGAGAAAAUUGGAGACUUAUUUGUCGCCUCGUUUUCCAAGUCGAUGGUGCUGGAUGUAUACAGUGAUUACGUGAACAACUUCACCGGGGCCAUGGCUCUAAUUAAAAAGGCCUGCAUGUCCAAACCAGCCUUUCUGGAAUUCUUAAAGAAGAAGCAGGCAUCCAGUGUUGACCGCAUCACUCUGUACGGCCUGAUGGUGAAGCCCAUUCAGCGAUUCCCUCAGUUCAUUCUGCUCCUGCAGGACAUGCUUAAGAACACGCCGAAGGGCCACGUGGACCGUCUGCCGCUGCAGCUCGCUCUGACGGAGCUGGAGAUGCUCGCCGAGAAGCUGAAUGAACAGAAGCGAGUCGCCGACCAGAUAACGGAAACUCAACAACUGGCGCGCAGCGUCAGCGAUCGCCUGCUCAGUAAGCAACUGAACGCGGAGCAGGGGUCACUGGUCCUUUGUGAGACGCUUAUUGAGACUGUGUACGGCGAGCGGGGACAAGUCCUGAAGUCAAAGGAGAGAAAGGUCUUCCUCUUUGAUGAUGUACUCAUCUGUGCAAACAUAAAUGUCAAGGGGCCUCCAGAUAUCAGCAGCCUCGUCCCCGUGGGCCCCAAGUACACCAUGAAGUGGAGCGCCCCUUUGCAACAGGUGCAAGUUGUCGAGGCGGGGCAAGAGGGCUCUCAAAGCAAAGACACCUUCUUCCAGCAGGGCGGGUCCAAGCGGACGGGUGGCGCCUGCACCUCAGGUAAAGUGAUCCUGGGGCCUCCACGGCUCUACCAGGAGCUGCAGGAGCUACAACAUGACCUUUCUGUGGUGGAGGAGGUCACGCUGCUUGUGGGCACGCUGCAGGGGACGUACCAGAACCUGAACACCACUGUGGCCCAGGACUGGUGUCUGGCUCUGCAGAGGCUCAUUCGCAUCAAAGAGGAGCAGAUCCAGAGCGCUAACAAAUGUCGCUUACGCCUGCAGGUGCCCGGCAGGCCCGACAAGUCAGGGCGUCCUGUUAGUUUCAUGAUGGUCUUCAACACUCCAAACCCCCUGAGUAAGAUCUCCUGGGUCAACAGACUGCACUUGUCCAAGAUCGCACUACGAGAAGAGAAUUCACCAGGCUGGUUAUACGGAGAAGACGAAGGGAAGACGAUGGCCCCGCUCUGGUGUCCACUGCUUUCCUGUCACAUGCCCGUCUUUGCUAUGAAGUCACCAGAGAGAAAGCUUGAAGCUGCCCUCCAUAAUCCUGUGCACUGUGCAUUGCUGGGCUUCUCUGCAGCGAGCACCUCCUUACCUCAAGGCUACCUCUGGGUGUCUGGCAGAGGUGAAGGUUCACAGGGGCAGAUAGAGAUAUUUUCCCUCAACAGGCCCUUGCCUCGGGCUGUUAAGAGCCUGCAGGUGGACUCUGCUGUCCGAUGUCUGGAAUAUGUACCUGAACCUGCUCAGGCGGAUGAGAUGGAGGCUGGAGUUCACAAGGCACCCUCAGGGAUCGGCGCCAACAUUUGUGUUGGACUAGACGAUGGCCGCAUCCUGGUCUAUGGCAGCGUGGACACCGCAGCACAGUGCCUAUUGACCCUGCGUAACCCAGAGGGCUGCCCUGUGCUGUGCCUGAAGCAGUCGUCCCGCUUCCUGUUCGCUGGCCUGAGGAACGGCACCAUGAUGGUUUAUGGAAGAAAUAACAGUGAUGAUCUUUGGGAACCUGACUCGUGCAGAUGUGUGAACCUGGGCUCAGAACCCGUCCGGACGCUGUUGGUAUUAGACGACUCGGUGUGGGCGAGCUGCGGGAACUCUGUCACAGUCGUGGACGGCUCCAGUCUCAGCACUCAGAAGUUUGAAGUCCAUCCGGACCCGAUGGUCAGCGUGGCACACAUGGCGUGUGCUGGUGGAGGGGUGUGGAUGGCGUUCUCCGAGGGCUCCUCCAUUCGUCUCUUUCACACGGAAACGCUGGAGCUGCUGCAGGAAAUCAACAUCUCCACGCGGUCGACGCUGCUGAACACUGGUCCGAAGAACAUGCGAGUCACGAGCCUCCUGAUUUGCCAGGGGCUGUUAUGGGUGGGCACUGCCCAAGGCUUAAUCAUCACUCUCCCUGUUCCCAAACUGGAGGGCAUCCCCAAAAUAACAGGAAAGGGCAUGAUCUCUCUAAACGCCCACUGCGGCCCUGUGGACUUCCUGGUAGCCACCACCAGCACCCUGUCUCCUGAGCUGCUCAAGAGGGACUCGGUGGUGGACAGCCCGGACUCGGCCUGCGGAGGCGAGGACCGCAGCGACACGUCCUCGCAGGAAUCCCUGCAACAGUCCAGCUCCUAUCAGGGAGAGGGGCGAGGCAAAGGACGAGGCGUUCUGCUGCAGUACAGGCUGCGCUCCACAUCCGGAUUACCCGGACGGCCGCUAACGGCGCUGGGCGACGAGGCGUCAGACUCCUCCCUGGAGUCCUUGGAGCACAGCGUGGAAGAUGGAUCUAUCUACGAGCUCAGCGACGACCCAGAAAUGUGGGUCAGGGGGCGUCCUUGUGAGCGGGACGGGGGACGCAGGGACAGGGUGAUCUCGGCGGCGGUUAUCUCUGGAGGCAAAGGCUUCCGCAGACUGAAGGAAGGAGCUCCAGCAGGUACUAGGACAAAUGUGGAGGGUUUAGAGAAUAUUCUAAUGGUAUGGCAGCUCCCACUGACAGUGUGAUAUGAAAUAUAUAUGGAAAGAUGAUGCAUAUUUAUAGAUGUCUACCCAGCUUAGCCUCCAGUAACCUGUUCCAUCAUCUCAAGGGAUUUGGAUGUAUAAUGAGAAGGUGUUGCCAUUGUUACAGAGCUUGACAUCUUGUGAUUUAGCCUGUGGAAUCAGAACAUCUGAGGCGUCCUGUUUACUCGACACCCAAAGGACCCUUUAAUGUUCAGGACUGUGCAUCAUGAGCUGCCACAGUUUAGUUCUGAUGUGGUUCCUCCUCCUGCUUUAGUUUCGAUUGAUAUGCUGCAAUUUAACCUCAUCGCACUUCACAUUUAUUUCAUGCCGAGGACUUUGGGCUGAGCACCCAUGGACAGCGGCCCUUUGUUGAAUCUGCCAUGCUCCGCAGAGUUAGAGACGGACGUGUUUUAUCUGAUCCUGUGGGAGAGAUCCCAUCUGUUUAGAGCUGAAAGCCGGAGACUACCACCGCACCACAAAGCACAUUAACAUCACUUUAUGAGCUCCGCCAGCCUCGCUCUCAUCCCUGUACAAUGUGAACGUAAGAAACCUUAUAUUGUGUCUCAAAAUUCCAUAUGUGCUCUCCUGAAAAGAAUGUUGUGUCUUGUUGCAGCUGUUGCAAAAAAAAAAAA